UUGAAACAGUAUACAUUUAAAAUAUUUUCAUUGGAAUCAAAAACGACACCAAAUUUAACAAAAAAUGGAUAAUAACCCCGUCUCGGACUCGGAUCUUAUUGACCGCAAAUAUUCGCAAGCCUCUAUUCUGAUGAGAUCGCGUCGAUUGAAAAUGACUUCGGACAAUGAAAAGUCGGACGGUUUAAACGCGCUCAUUGUGCCCCCCAUAGCUGAGGUCGAAAGCAUCGCCAAUGCAGUGGCCCAAUGCAAUAAGCCAGUUUGUGAUGACGCCGACAUGCAGUGCAUCAUGGACUUGGUGGACUCCACUCUUUGCGAAGCCCUGACCAUAGUGCAGUCAGAUCCACGGGGACUGUUUUGCUACAAGUUGCCUGACACACCGAAAUGCGCUGCCGCCAAAGUGCCUACUCUGGUCGAUAUUCUGACGAACAUGGAGGAAAAUGGCCUCGCCACUUUUGCCACAACAGUGGCAGUGAGUGAUUAUGGGCCGAGCUCGGGCUCCAGCGGAUUGCUUCGUAAACAGACAACUAUUGGGACAUUCGAGUACAGCACGGUACUUUCUGAGAUCCAGGACUUUAUUGGCCAGUGGCAGCUGUCGCCGGACACAAAGUGUGCGGUUCUGAGCAACCCCAUUCAGCACGAUAUUCCCAUUAAGGGAAAAAUCUACUUUGUCGAUGCACAUUUCUCUCGGCCGACGCCACGUUGUCCCAACCCGCUGGCUGUGGCAAAGGUGCGUUUCAUCAUAACAGUUUCAAAGGUCCUGCAGAAGCACUAUCCAGUGAUGAUCACAUAUCGCUUUGAGGGCUACAACACUCUGUACUACGCGGUGGGCGAACGUUCGCUGAGCUCUUUAACUUUUCAAAGAUUCUACAUUGAUACCAUUCUACACACCAAGUUGGCCUUUUACGCUGAGGUCUGCGAAUGUCGCCACGGCACUGUCGAGAAGCCCAAGAAGUCCAAGAAGGGCAAAACCUGAUGCCAAUAAAACUUUCUCGAUUUACC